CUCAACUUCUGUAACACGGACCCUGGCCUCCUUUCUCGCCGGACCCAAACUUCUUCCCCACGUGCUUCACCACUACUACUCUUUCUUAUAUAAAAAUACUCUCUCUCAAGACUGCUCUCCCAUUCUCGAAAGACAGCGGCAGUGAGGGUGAAAAAUCGUUUCAAAGUAAGAGCUUUUACGCGACCGAUUGAUUUCUAAGAUCAAAAAAGACGGCGAUGGUGGAAGUGGGAGAGAGCUCAGGCUCAAAGAACUCUCAAGAAAUCUGGGCCAAGCUUGUUUCUUUGGAUUCAAGAUAUUCAGAUGUUGAUAUAAGUUCAGAUGAGAUUGUAAUAUGCUCAGAGAUCAGACCGUCCUGUGUUGACAAACACGAGUGGUGCAAAAUAUCACAGAAUUCUGAUCUAUGCUCUGCUACUGUGCAAAAUAUGAGUUCAAAUGCAAUACUGGUUAAUGAGGCUAUUGUCCAAAAUGAAGAUACCAUUGUUAUCAAGUGUGGAAGUGAAAUUGUUCCAGGCCCUGAUAGAGAAGGGUAUCUGAGCUACAGAUUUGAAGUAAUGCCUAGCUUGGAAAUCCGCACGAAGCAAUUAAAGAUUUCUGUUGAUGUUGAGCAUGCAAAAUGCAGCAUUUGCUUAAAUAUAUGGCAUAAUGUUGUUACCGUUGCUCCUUGCCUUCAUAACUUCUGCAAUGGAUGCUUCUCAGAGUGGUUAAGGAGAUCUCAAGAUAGACAUUCAAGUGUGCUUUGUCCCCAGUGUAGAGCAGUUGUACAGUUUGUUGGAAGAAACCAUUUUCUGCAUAACAUUGCGGAGGAUAUUAUAAAAGCUGAUCCUUCAUUGAAGCGUUCUGAUGAAGAAGCUUCACUUUUAGAUUCCUAUGCAUUGAUACAAUCAAAUCUUGUCAUUGGGUCUAGAAAAGAUCCUAGUCGGAAGAGGGCUCACUUGCUGGUGGAUGAGGAAAAUGAUGGCAUAGACCUUCCAUGCCCUCAAUGUGGUACUGAAUUGGGUGGGUUUCGCUGCAACCAGAACACUGUCCAUCUACAGUGUAAUGCAUGUGGAGGAAUGAUGCCUUCCCGCACCGAUAUCAGUGUACCACAGCACUGUUUAGGAUGUGAUAGAGCAUUUUGUGGUGCUUAUUGGCAUGCUCAAAGGCUUACGAGAGGUGACUUUCACCCUAUUUGCAGUCAUGAGGCUUUUAAACCAAUCUCAGAACGUACCAUUUCUAGAAUUCCUGGUGCUGUGCAUGAAAAUAAUCGGCAUGAACGAGAUAUCACAGAGAGGUGUAUCAUACAGAUGGGCAAAACAUUGCAGGAUGUUAUCUCAGAUUGGGUUGUGAAGUUGAACAACAGAGAAAUUGAUCGAACAAGGAUGCCACUGAUACACGCCGAGAUGAUUUCUGCUGCAACACAUAUUUGCAAUGAUUGCUUUGACAACUUGGUCUCAUUCCUCUUGUAUUGGUUUCGGAUUUCCAUGCCCAAGCAUCUUUUACCAUCAGAUGCAUCAAAAAGGGAAGAUUGCUGGUAUGGAUAUUCAUGCCGGACCCAGCAUCAUAGUGAGGAUCAUGCUCGUAAGCUAAAUCAUGUUUGCCGUCCAACUAGAGGACCCUUCCUUGGAGAUGACAAUUAGAGCCAGCAAUGAGCUUGGUGGAAACUAUCAUUUUCAGCUCAUAAGCAUAUUGGGUGAUGGGUCAUCCAUCUCAUAGCCCUAUGCAUAUUUUGUUUCAACAUUUUUCUGUAAUAAAUUUGAACCUUUUGACAUUUUCCAAAUGGCUAAUCAAAAGUAGGUUUUCUUUC